AUGUCGUCGUCCAUCGCCAUUCCCACCCGGAAUGCCUACGGGGAGAGCAGCAAGGCCGGACCGAGCUUCAGUUCAUCCUCCUCAUACUCGAGCUCUCCACGAACUCCCCAGCCACAACCACGACCGCAAACUGGAUCAUCUCCGGCCUCUGCUUCACCAAGUCCCAAUGCCAGGUACGGCCAUGAUCGAAGGCCCAGCUUGUUGAGCUCGUCGCUCUCGAAACAGGAACAUACCGUCAUCAACAUUGGGGAUCCUGACGGGGUGCCACGCCUGAUUACCUGCGUCCGAUCAUCUCAAGGUUUCGACUGGAAUCCAGAGAUCUUCCUCCCCUCCUAUGUCGAAUGCGACUUCGAAUCCCUCGAAAGGAAGCGUGACCCCGUCCACGAGAUACGGUUGAGCGACGAGGAGAUCAAGCAAAUGCUGCCCCAAUAA